GCCUUGCAUUUGAUCGGGUCUCCUCUUCCUCCCUCUUCCUCCUCGCUUCGUUCCAUAUCAAUUUUGAAGCUGUGGGGGCUCCAUUCCCUCCUCUCGCCAGGUGCUGCUGCUGCUCUGUAUCUUCAAAUGCCGUUCUCUGUCUCUGACUUCGCCCAUCUCGUUGCUGCUCCUCGUGACCGGGCAACAGAGUGAGAAUGACUUGGGACAUCAGCCCUAGCUCACCCUAAUUAUACAAGCACGCACUGUACUGCAACCAAUAUGAGGCUCGUCAGGCGAAAACAGAGGAAGCCAGAUGGCUGUGGGAAGCUUGAAUUAGAACGAGUCAUUGGCUUGACAACAGCAAACCCAAAUGGGUUAGCAUGCAACGGUGUGAAUGAAGAGCUAGCAUACAUUGCUGGUUGUGUAAUAGUUGUAUACAAUGCAAGGACGAACUGUCAGACCCGUUUCCUCACAGCACACGGGAACCCCAAACCUUUUUCUUGUGUCGCAUUCUCAAGCCAUGGAGGAAAAUUCAUUGCUGCUGGAGAGUCAGGGCACCAACCGGCUGUUCUGGUUUGGGAAGUCGCCACUCUCACGUGCAUUGUUGAAAUGAAGACACACAAGUACGGAGUCUCAUGUGUACAAUUUUCUCCAAAUGGUAAGCACUUGAUAUCACUUGGUCUGCCACAUGAUGGAUACAUGUGUCUCUGGGAUUGGAAAAGUGGAACUCUGCUCAUGAAAACCCGAGCAGCGUCCGGUUCCUUGGUAGCGUCUACUGUGCAGUUCGCCACAGAUGGCAGCUAUUUCGUGUCCGGUGGGGCGAAACACCUCAAGCAAUGGACUAUCGGUGGUCCUCGAGCAAGAUCGUCAUCUGGUAUGACUACCAAUCCUGGCAUGGAUGGAAGGCCUGUUAAACUGGGCAGUCAGAAGGAGAGCAUAUUUGUCUCUCUGUCAUCCCCAGCCACUUCAAGAGAACAGAAUGCCGGAGCUCCUGCAAAUCAACCUAUUUAUGCGUUGACAUCUUCUGGUGUUCUUUGUCUUCUUCAUUCUGGGUCGGCUAUUGAAAAGUGGGUUGAUUUACAGGUGCGACAAGCGUAUGCAUUGGCAGCGUCGGAGGGUUAUGUAGCUUGUGCAUGUAGCGAUGGUAUAGUUCGGAUUUUCUUGCAAGGUAGUCUCGAAUAUUCUUCCACUCUUCCUCGGCCUGCACCCCAUGGCUAUCAUGGCCUCACAGACGCCAACGUGGGUGCCUACUUGGCUGUGGGUAAUCGCGUAACAGAUGGCAUAAGGUUUCCAGAUGCAAUUGCGUGCAGUUAUCUCCAGCAAGGCCAAAAUAUUGCUGUUAUCUAUGCCGAUCAUAGCUUGUACGUGUGGGAUGUUCGGAGCUACUCAAAGAUUGGGAGAUACCGCACCUUUCUUCCCCACAGUUCCUGCAUUUGGGAUGUAGUGAGCUUACCUGACCGGUUUCAUUCAACAUGUGUAAAUAGUGUGCCCCGUGGGGAAUCCUUCGCAACUUGUUCAGCCGACGGAUCUAUUCGACUGUGGCACCUCGAUCUUGGUCAUGAUGACACAUCUGAAGCUUCUCCUAUCCACUCAUCAAGUGACAAUGCACGCCCACAAAAUGUGUACAACAAGGAUAUUUUAGGAGUUCUCUACAUAGAUACUUCGGGAGAGCUCAAGGGAAGGCUUUCUACUUCUGGUGCAGGUGAAGAAGCAGUUGAUACAAGCGUUGGAUUUCGGUCCAUUACUGUGAGCCCUGAUGGGAAUCAUCUGGCAGCUGGUGACAGCAGUGGAAAUCUUCGCAUUUUUGACCUUAAUAGUCUGCUUCUUCACAGUUUUCAGGAAGCGCAUGAUGCCGAAAUCCUAUCUUUGGCCUAUACCACUAUUGUCAAUGAGAACAAUCCUUGCGACACAGCUCUCACAUCUAAUUCUUUGCUGGCCUCUGGAGGGCGUGACCGACUUAUUCAUGUCUAUGAUGUUAACAGAUACUAUGAUGUGGUUGAGACCUUGGAUGAUCAUACGUCGUCUAUCACUACAGUCAGAUUCGCUUGCAACGGGUCGAAACUUUUAAGCUGCAGCGCCGAUAAGUCAGUUGUGUUUCGAGAUGUUGCAAUGACAAAGUCGGGAUGCAAGGCCUCGCGCUACCAUCAGGAAAUCGCCACACGAGGCACUAUCUACGACAUGGACAUAGAUGCUUCUGAUAAGCUCGUCGUCACCGUUGGCCAGGAAAAGAAACUUAACAUCCUGAGCCUAGCAACUGGUAAGCCCGUGCGAUGCUUCAAACCGGAAGGUGACGUUGGAGAACCUAUCAAGGUGCGGAUGGAUCCAAGUGGGGUUUACGUGGUCUGCUCGCACUCGGAUAGAUGUAUGCGCAUCUAUAACUUCAUAACUGGAGAGCCUUUAGCUGAAGCUUCAGGUCAUGCAGAAGUGAUAACUGGAGUAACAUUCCUUCCCGAUUGUCGGCGUCUCAUUUCUGUAAGUGGUGAUAGCUGCAUCUUCGUGUGGCGGCUGCCUAUUAAUCUUUCACGGGUCAUGCGUAAACGUUGCAGCGUUGUAACUGACCCUCGACCACCUCUUAAAACGCUUAAAUCAUCCGUGCCUCGAUCCAAUAUCAAAGACAUCCCCAGAGCUGCAAAGAUACCACGCGUCCACCAAAUGAAAGGAGAAGCUUUGGAUCGGACUAAUGAGAACGUAUGUCCUGAUCUUGAAGAAAAUCAAGCUGAUCCAGAUGGAAAGAAGCGUCACAAUGCGGGCACUCCAUGUAAAGAGACGGAAGGAUCAGCGGUUGGAGAAGUGACUCCCGCAGCUUUUAAGUUCAGCGUGUCAAGGCUACCUCCAUGGGCACAAGCGAAAAUUGCACGUGAUGAAGCUCCUCCUUCUGGAGGUGAGGAGCCGAAUACAACCGAGAAUAAAAAUAAGGCACUGCAGUCCAGAUGGACAGAGCGUCUAGGUCGUGAUGGAUACAAGUUGUUCUCUGAAUUCAUGGAAGAAUCCACCCCGCCAGCAACAAUACGCCCAAGUGGAUUUGGAGCUAAGAGACGAUUUUCCGUCGAAGGAGUAAGUGUAGCAGAUUCAGACAGCACUCCUGAAAGUACAGCCUCUCAGCUUCCGAGUAGUCCAACCUCUAGUCCCAGUUUAGUCCCCAGGAAGGAAACUCACUGGACUUCAGUUCAUACUGUAUUCUUGGAUGACUCAGAUUUCGACGAUAUCAGUCCCAAAAUAGUCGCGCUUCCUCAUGGUGCUCAGACACAUCCCCAAACUACACAACGCAAAUCCCCUUUGCGUGUUGUAGCGGGAAACCACAAGAGUGAAGCAACUGGUGAUGCGAAGGUUGGCCCCUCAAAUGACGAAGGAGAGACUGCUGACUUCAAACGUGCCAGUGAAGCGGAAGAUAUUGUUUAUUAUACACCUGGAUCUGCCGGUGUAGAAGUCCAAAGUGGGGAGAGGACUUUGUUUAAGGUGUCCUCAAAAGACAAAAAUGAGGCGAUGGAAGAUUUUCAUUUAGCCCCUAUGAGUCCAUCGGACAUACCUAAAACAAAUGGUGAAAAUUUUGGAGACGAGAAAAGAUUAGCCAGGGAAGACAGUGGGAAGUUGUCCUUCGAAAGUGAAGAAGAUGAAAUUGUUGAGGAUGAUUCUUUCAGUCCGUGCCGGGAUCUUUUCAGUGCCCACUUCUACAAGCUAGCAUCAGAUCCUAAGGUCGAAGGAUCCGUCAGAAGGAGCUUUUCUGCCCGGUUUUUUGCACAGUCGAACCCUAAACUACCAAGAUCGACUUCUUUCCCCUCUUCCCCUGCUGAAAACGGAGAAGAAAAUGGAAGAAAUGUUGACGCAUUGUUGGAAGACAGUGUUGUCUCUGAAUUAUUCUUAGAGAAGAAAUCUAUUUCUAAGGAAGAACGGCUCAGAUUGCACGAAGAAGAGGUGGACAUCACUGAAGUUCAGCUCAAGAAUGAAUCACUAGUCAAGUUGAAUGACGAAGAUUCUUGGCCAACGAGCCAUGCAGUACAGGCAGACAGGAGCGGUGCAAAGAAAGGUGCACAGGAAAGAUCAGAACACUUGCACGGGGAAGGGUCCUUACAGAUGCCAGAUCUUUUGGCGUCUAGAAGUCCUCAAUUGAAGCACGAAAGAAGCGAACGUCUUUCUCUGAAGUUCAAAUCUAGGACUCCAAUACCAUCUCCAGCUCCAGCUCCAUCUUCACUUUCCCCGAAGUUGCAAGACGAAGCUUUAGAAAAAAUGGUUUUUGACUGCAGUGAGCAAUCGAUUUAUAGAUUAAGACGUGAAGCACAACAGAGUCGGAUCCAAGAUGAGUCGAUCUUUGGGAUUUCCAAGCUGGGUAACGCAUCUAACGAUCUCCUUAAGUCAGUAAAGUAUGAAGUUCCAACUGCGCCUACCGUCGCUGAACUUCAAAAUUCCGGGGAUACCAUAUGUUACCAAGCUGUAGACGGUGUUGUUGGCGAACAUGGCUGUCCAUUGAUGGGAGCGACCUGUGACCGUGACUUCCAAUCUGAGGACAAACCAUGUGACGAGAAAAGGGAUUCUCCUUCAUCGACAGGUGAAGUUGCAAUCCGAAGUGACACAGAACCUUGUCAUUCGUCACAUUGGGAAACCUACAAUACAAGAAGGUCCACAAUGAAAGCAUUACCACGCCCUGUGGAGGACUACCAGAAAGCCCUGAAGGAACUAAUGGAUGCAGCAAGCAAGGCUUCCGUUCUUUUUGACGAGGUUUAUUCGUUCUGCUACCAAAGUAACCCGACUGGAUCUAGACUUGAUUCUGUAAAUAUUCCAACGUCAAGUCUGCCACCGGAUGUAGUGCGUUCUGGCCAAGCUUAUCAAAGGUUGGCACCAGUCACUCUACAAGUGAUCCAGAAACUUGCAGAUAAAGUGUCAGCUUGUUCUUUUCCUUCAGGUUCUUCAGAUGGCUUAAAGUCACCCGACAAUGCUACGAUUUGCGACUUUUCCUUCCACAAAAGCACUGACUACGGGGACAAUGGCCGGCAGUCAUGGAGGGCCAGUGGAGCGUCCAUAGAUUCAGUACUGUCUUCCGUGGAUAUGGAGAACUUCAUCUCACGAUACUCCGAGAAUUUAGCUAGCCAGGUGCUUGCUUUGGUGCAAAAAUCUCUUGCAACCUCUGCGCCCUCUUGAAAUUUCUAAAUUCUCAUGAGUAUCCCAACAUACACAUAUCAACACCUUCUGUCUCGAUACAAGGAGAAUUUUCUGUUGGAAGAGUUUCUGGUAUCCAUAUUGAAGAACUUGGUAACUUGUAUAUUUCAUUUUGGGUGCCACUUGUAUCAGAAAACACUUGACUUGCAGUUUCUAGCUGCAAAUUUCUAGGUUUACUCUGGACUGGAAUCGAAACGAGGAUUACUAUUAAUCUUUUGAUAGAUAGAUUUCAGAUCCUUAUCUAAAUGUAAUGUAGACACAUAUUGCGUGGAUCACUGAAUGUGGUCCGGGAGUGUAAAGGCUUCUUCGGGGAAAGUUCUGGGAAUGAAGUUUAAGAUUAUUCUUUGCGAAUGAGGGUUGUGAUUAUUUGAAAACGGUACACCCCGUUACACACUAGUAGAAAGUGGAAUUCUUGGAACUAAUUCGAAUUGACAUUUGUUACUUUCCCAAUUGUAUAAUUGUCUUCUAGAAGUAUUAUUUA